AUGGCAGGCAUCAAACGGAAAGCCACCUCUCCUGUCCGACCAUUGCCAUCCAAGAAACAGAACAUCAGCCCAGAUAGUGACGGUCAGGCGAACGACUUCGACCACAGCCGGAUCGCAGAGGAGUACGGCAUCAUCAACCGCGAGUUCUACCCAGCCGAGAUCAGCAAUGAGCGUUGUGAACAGUACAACAAAAACGAGAUCCCUAGACCGAUCAAAGUGCUUGAAUCCACCAUCAAAGAAACCCAAGACGAGCGCGCGAAGAUUGCCACUGGAGACUGUGUUGUCCACUGGUUCAAGCGCGACCUCCGGACCAGCGACAACGUCAGUUUGAGCAAAGCCAGCAAGAAGGCCAAGGAGGGAGGCGUGCCGCUGGUGUGUAUGUUCAUCGUCAGCCCGCAGGACUAUGAGGCGCAUCUUACCAGCGCCCCGAGGGUGGACUUUGAGCUCCGGACGCUGGAAGUGAUGAAGGCUGAUCUUCAGGAGCUGAGCAUCCCGUUGUAUGUGGCAACUGUCGAGAAGAGGAAGGAAGUGCCUAAGCAUGUCCUCGAGAAGUGUCAGGAAUGGGGUGCGAAGCAUGUCUUCUGUAACACCGAGUACGAGGUAGAUGAGUUGAGACGGGAAGCAAAGCUCACCAAGCUGUGUCUCGAGAACGGCAUCGACUUUAAUGCAGCACACGACGAUGUGGUCGUCCCUCCAGGAGCACUUAUGAGUGGCAGCGGCAACCAGUACUCUGUCUACUCCCCCUGGUACCGGGCAUGGGUCAAGCAUCUGCACGACCACCCUGCCCUGCUUGCCGAGGCCGAAUCAAUCUCUCCCAACCCAGCCUCCGCCAAAGAGACCUUCCAAUCGAUGUUCUCCACCCCCAUCCCCCGCGCACCCCCCAACAAAUCCCUAUCAGACGAAGAACGCACACGCUACGCCCACUACUGGCCCGCCGGCGAGCACGAAGCCGAGAGUCGACUGCACCGUUUCAUCAACGAAAAAAUCAACAAAUACAAAGAAACCCGCAACUUUCCUGCCGCCAACAGCACAUCUCUCCUCUCCGUCCACUUCUCCUCUGGCACCCUCGCAGCCCGCACAGCUAUCCGCAUCGCUCGCUCCGCCAACAACGCCCAGAAACUCGACGCCGGGAAAGCCGGAAUCGUGGGCUACAUCUCCGAACUCGCCUGGCGCGACUUCUAUAAGCACGUGCUCUGCCACUGGCCCUUCGUCUGCAUGGGUAAGCCCUUCAAGUACGAGUACGCGGACAUUGAAUGGGAAUACGACAAUGAGGCUUUCGCGCGCUGGUGCGAGGGCAAGACGGGUUUCCCGAUCGUAGACGCAGCGAUGAGACAAUUGAAUGAGAUGGGCUAUAUGCACAACCGCUGCCGCAUGAUCGUCGGCUCCUUCCUCGCCAAAGACUUGCUCAUCGACUGGCGUUUGGGGGAAAAGUACUUCAUGACGCACCUCGUAGACGGCGAUUUCGCCAGCAACAACGGCGGAUGGGGCUUCUCUGCUUCGACAGGCGUGGACCCGCAGCCGUACUUUCGGAUCUUCAACCCGUUUCUGCAGAGCGAGAAGUUCGAUGAAGGAGGGGAAUAUAUUCGAAAGUGGGUGCCGGAGUUGAAGGGGGUGGAGGGGAAGGCGGUGCAUGAUCCUUAUUCACGAGGAGCUGGGAAGCAGGCGGAAAAGGCAGGCUAUCCGAGGCCGAUGGUCGAGCAUAAGGAGGUCAGGCAGAGGGCGUUGGAGAGGUAUAAGAAGGGGCUGGGGAGGGGGACGGCGAAUGUGGGUGGUGGUGUGCAUAACUGA